AUGAAGAAGGCAGAUACGUUAAUUCAUUUUGUAAUAAAUUUGUAUUAUCAUGAUUAUUAUUACACACCUUUAAUGAUAAAAUUUUCAAAACUCCUCAAUUUAAAAACAUUAAAGAUUGACGUUUCCUAUCUCGAAUUCGAAGAUCAAUUAAGAACUUCAACCUUUCGUAACCUAGAAUCCUUUCAAAUAGAUUUAAUUGAAAUUAACACGGUCGUUUGCAUAAUUAAAAAUUGCGGUGGAAGACUUAGGAAGAUUUUGAUCGAUGAUUAUAACUUUGAUGAAAAUUUUUAUGAAGAAUCCCUUAUCCUUAUUCGUACGAUUUAUGAACAUUGUCCUCUAAUUGAAUAUUUGACACUCACAUUUCUUUCAUCAAAAGAGCACUUUAUUGAAUUUGAAAAAUUACUCGUAAUUUGUCAAAAUUUGAAGGUAUUAUUAUUGGAGAUAUCCGAAAGUAUUAAUGAUGUCAAUGAAUAUGAAUUGAUUGAAGGAAAAAGAUUUUUAUCCGGGGAGAGAUUAUUAAAUGUGUUGGUUAGGUCUGCACCAUUUAAUUUAAGAGAAAUUAGAUUUUUUGGUUAUUUUAAAUUUUCAUUGAUAAUCUUAGAGGAAUUUUUAGAAAAUUGGAGAGGUCGACCCGCUCUUUUGAUAAUUACAUCAGACCAUGAUCAUGAAAAAGAGGCAUAUAUAAAGAUAAUUAGUAAAUACAAAAUUGACGGCGUGAUUAAAGAUUAUAGAUAUGAAAUGUUUUGA